AGAAGAAGUCCGCUGUUUGGUAAUGUUUACAUUCUGUCAGGAGGAAGACGGCAGGAACCUUUAUUGUGUUUGCGGCGGCGGUUUAACGCGUCUUCUUCCAUCAUGGAGACGCUCUUUGACUUUCUCACGAUGUUCAACGUCAAAGCAAGCAGCAGCUCUGUGACUCUCAGCCUCCUCCUCAUCUUUCUAGUUCUUCUUUACUGGUAUUCCGUCUAUCCGUUCUCAGUCCUCUCUCGGUACGGCAUCAAACAUCCGAAGCCGGUGCCGUUUUUCGGGAACUUGUUUUUGUUUCGGGAGGGUUUCUUUAAACCCCUCAGUGAUCUUAUAAAGACGAACGGCAGAGUGUGCGGGUAUUAUUUGGGCCGUAAGCCGGUGGUGGUGGUAGCCGACCCCGACCUGCUCAGACAUGUGAUGGUGAAGGACUUCAGCAGCUUCCCUAACAGAAUGACUCUGCGCUUCGCCACCAAACCCAUGGUGGACUGUUUGCUGGCGCUGAGGAACGAGCGGUGGAAGAGAGUGAGGAGCAUCAUGACUCCGUCCUUCAGCGCUGCCAAGAUGAAAGAAAUGGUUCCGCUCAUCAACACGGUAACAGAAGUUCUGAUGAAGAACCUGAACACCCACGCCGAGUCCGGCCAGGCUUUCGACAUCCACAGGUGUUUUGGCUUUUUCACCAUGGACGUGAUCGCCAGCGUGGCCUUCGCUACCCAGGUGGACUCCCAGAACAAACCCGACGACCCGUUCGUCCACCACGCCCAAAUGUUCUUCACCUUUUCCUUCUUCAGGCCCAUGAUGAUGUUUUUCAUUGCUUUCCCGUCCAUCAUGGCUCCUCUGGCGCGAUUCAUCCCAAACAAACGACGAGACCAGAUGAGUAAUUUCUUCAUCCACAGCAUCCAGAAGAUCAUCAAGCAGAGAGAAGAGCAGCCUCCAGACCAGAGGCGCAGAGACUUCCUGCAGCUGAUGCUGGACGCUCGAACGGGCAAAGAGUGUGCGUCUCUGGACCAGUUCGACACCUCGAACCACGGAGACGAGGCGGUGGCGAGCUCCAAACCGUCGGAUCAAGACAACAGCCACUCGGAGGAGUCGGCGCUCAGACGUCCGCAGAAGAAGAUGAUGACCGAGGAUGAAAUCGUGGGGCAGGCUUUCAUCUUCCUCCUGGCGGGCUACGAAACCACCAGCAGCACUCUGGGCUUCACCUGCUACCUGCUGGCCACCCACCCCGAGUGUCACCGCCGAGUUCAGCAGGAGGUGGAUGACUUCUUCAGCAGACAUGAGUCACCUGAUUACACCAACGUCCAGGAGCUGAAGUACAUGGACAUGGUCGUAUCCGAGACGCUGCGGCUCUACCCUCCUGGAUUCAGGUUCGCUAGAGAAGUGGAGGAGGACUGUGUGGUCAACGGCCUGCGCCUCCCAAAAGGAGCAACGCUGGAGAUUCCUGCAGGCUUCCUCCAUUACGACCCGGAAUACUGGCCCGAGCCGGAGAAGUUCAUCCCUGAGAGGUUCACUCCAGAGGCCAAGGCCAGCCGACACCCGUUUGUUUACCUCCCGUUUGGGUCGGGACCCCGUAACUGUGUGGGAAUGAGGCUGGCCCAGCUGGAGAUCAAGAUCGCCUUAGCGCACCUGUUCCGCAGGUUCAACGUCGUGGCGUGCUCCGAGACCAAAGUUCCUCUGGAGCUGAAGUCUUCAAGCACUCUGGGACCCAAAAACGGCAUUUUCGUCAAACUUACUAAAAGGGAAGCAGAUUCUCCAGCGGACGAUUAGAACAACUCGCCUUCAGAAGAAGAAAUGUAUAAAAACUUUGUUUCUGUCAUUAAAAAGAGAGUGUUUUAAUGAAGGACGGAGCUUUCAGCUGUUGGUAGAAACAGAUUUUUGCUGCUAAAACUUCCAAUAAACAAACAUUGAUGAAACAUUUAAAGGAGCAGACCUGCAGGAAUCUCAUGGACCGGCUCAAACCAGAACCUUCAAAUUCUCCUGCCUUAAAUCAAGAAAAUGGACGGAAAUGUAAAACGCUGCUGAAUAAACAAUAUUAUAAAUCGUAUUCUGUGACAUGUAGCUACAGUUAUGUCAUGUGCAGAGUUUGGAUCUUAUAUUAAUCAAUAGAAAAGCUGCUUUUAGACACAACAAACAAAACAUUCUUUGAAGCAAAGUCCUUCUGUAGGUUUGAUUGACUUUUACUAUAGUACAUUUAUUCUGAAAAUUCAGAUUUUUUAAUGAUUUGUUUUGGUUUACAGUAAGAUGUUUGAUGGAAAUGUGACAUUUUAGGGAAAAAAAUCAUUUUUGAAAUGAUUAAAUAUAGUUAACCCUGCUGGACCUUCCCGGGUCGCUCCUGUAACAGAAUAAAUGUUCAUUUUUCCUCAGAGUAGCUGCUCCCAUCCUGACACAUCUGGAACAAAAAUCACCUUUUUAAGGCGACUGAUCGCAUCAGCUUUAAAAAUUGUAUUUAAAUAAUAACCACUUUUCUAAAUAAAUUAAAUAUCCUAAGGAUAAAUUAGAUUCAAUCAGAAAAUAAAUCAUUUUUUCUUUAAAUAUCCUUUAAAAAUAUUCAUUUUCAUGUCCACCAACAUUUUAAAAAUGUUUUCCACAUUCAGUUUGUUUGGGAUCAUUUUGCUGUAAAAAGUUUCUGAAUGAAUUGAAUCAUAUAAACGGGUCAAAACCUCUAAAUUCCAAUAAAACAACACAAUUAAAUCAACA